GCCAUAAGGUAGUGCUUCGCUCGUACGCGGCUGACGAUUCCACGCAAUGGGCAUUCGCCCUUACGUCUCCUUCGUCGCCUCCUUUGCAAAGUACCUCACAAAUGUCCACUCUUCAUCUUGCAAGGUCAACGGUCUCGAUAACUUCCUUCAGAUCCUCGCGGACGAGGCGCGGAGGGGCGAAGGGAGGGGAGUCUUGACGUAUGCCAAUCACAUCUCCGUAGUCGAUGAUCCUGCCGUGUGGGGCUGCAUGCCCAUGAGCGCAUUUCAAGACUGUGCUACCACACGCUGGACCCUAGGCGCGAGUGAUAUACUCUUCACAAAUCGGAUCGUUCGCCUGUUCUUCGACUAUGGGCAGGUAAUUCCUACCGAUCGAGGCAGGGGAAUCUUUCAACCCGCGCUGGACACGGCCAUACAAAAGCUAGAUGAGGGACAGUGGACUCACCUCUUUCCAGAGGGAUACGUCAACCUCUCGCGGAAGAUGGUGCUCCGGAGAUUCAAGUGGGGCCUCAGUCGUCUGCUUCUGGAGAGCAAGCGGAGACCGAGAGUAGUGCCGAUUUGGAUCGAGGGAUUCGACCAGAUGAUGCCGGAUCCCAGAGGCUUCCCCAAAUUUGUGCCCCGUCCCUUUGCCAACUUGUCGAUCACUUUCGGCGACCCUAUAGAUCAUGCUGGAUCAUCGCUAGACCUCUUGCUGUCGGAACUGCGCAAACAACAAUCUCUCAAUCCAGCCUGGUGGCAGGACGAAGACAAAGAGAUGGAGCGGAUACGGUCUGCCUUGCCUAGCGAUCAGAGGUCCCAAGUCGAUGCCCCAGCCAUACCAGUCCCUUCACCUUCUUCGUUUCCUUCUCUUGCACCACAUGUCGUCACUCCACAAGGCUGGUCGGAGCCUCCGGUGGAUUCGCCGGCCCAUAGGGCUAUGGUCGCCAGCGCUCAGGAUGCACAGAAAGCAAUGGCAGCAAGGAGCUCGCUCGCCGAACUCCUCAGAAGAGAGCUCGCGGCUCUCGGCGUUAAAACGCGGAAAGCUCGAGGAGAGCCGGAAGGCGAAGUAGGGCAUCUGGUACAUACUCUGAUGCCGGAGGAAGACAGUAAGACAGCUGCUGCGCAGACGUCUCGACAGGCCCCUACAUCAACCUCAAGAGUGCAUCAAAGAAGCUAUUCGACUUCGGCAAGACGCUGCCAUCCAUCGACUUCAGCUGCAGGGAGCGCUACCUCAAAUUUCAAUGCUGCCACAUCACGGUCUGCUAACCUAGCUUCAUCAGGCGUACUCGAUGCUUAUAAUUGCUUCAACUCUCGCGCCGCACCAGCUCCUUCCAGUGCGACGACCACGGCAUCUGGCCCCCUCUCCGGCUGCACGAUAUCCGUCAAGGAUAACAUCUGUACCCAAGAUAUGCCAACAACCGCUUCGUCUCUCAUGCUCAAAGACUACGCCUCAUCAUACGAUGCGACUGUCGUCUCUCUUCUCAGAUCUGCAGGGGCGGACAUAGUUGGCAAGACAAACUGCGACGAGUUUGGUAUGGGCUCGGACAAUGUGCAUUCCCACUUCGGUCCCGUGAUCAAUCCAGCCAUGGGUGGUCGAGAAGCAGAAGAGCAAAAGAGAAGUGCAGGUGGAAGUUCUGGUGGAGCAGCUGCUAGUGUCAAGGCGGGAUACUGCCGCAUCGCCAUCGGCUCAGAUACCGGAGGCUCAAUACGCCUCCCCGCCUCGUAUUGUGGUCUCUGGGGAUUGAAACCAUCGUACGGUCUAAUCUCUCGCUGGGGUCUCAUCUCAUAUGCAGACAGUCUGGAUACCAUUGGCGUUCUAGCUGACAAUUGGUCCGAAUGCCAAGAGACCUUCGACGUCCUGUCGGCCCCCGACAAGAAAGAUCCAACUAGCGCCGGAGAGCAAGUGAGGUCUGCAGCGGACGAGGUUGCGGAUGAGGCACUGAGCAAAUUUUCGUCCAGCUCGGCGCCCGGGACAGAAGGUUGCCUCAGAGGACUUCGCAUUGGGAUCCCCACUACCCUCUUCCCCUCCUCUCUGGAUGCGCAGGUACUCCCCUCCUUCUCACGCCUCCUUUGCCAUCUCGAAGACCACCUGGGCGCCAGCAUCAUCCCCGUCGAGCUGCCCUCGACAGGCCUUGCCUUAAGCGCCUACUACGUCAUUGCGAGCGCAGAGGCCAGCAGCAACCUUGCUCGGUACGAUGGGGUGCGGUAUGGCUUCCGGAGCGAGGAAGAGAAGCUGCCCGGGGAGCAUCCUUAUGCGGCUACAAGGAGUACUGGCUUUGGAGAGGAGGUGCGGAAGAGAAUCUUGUUGGGCACGCAUGCACUUUCUGCAGAUGCCUUCGACAACACUUUCCUUGCAGCACAACGUAUUCGCCAGACGAUCAAGGAUGAGUUUGACCAAGUAUUUCGCAUUCCCAAUGUCCUACACGGCAGAGGAGCACAAACGGAGCAACACGCCCCUUCUGCGCUAUCGGCAGGUUCGCAAGAAGGAGUUGACGUGCUCCUUCACCCCUCGGCGGUGAACACCGCGCCCCUCUUGUCCGCCUUGAUGCCCUCCUCUUCGACAGAAGAGGCAUGCCCUGUCGGCUUCAGCGCUCCAGCUGGCAGUGCAGGGCUGGACGAAUACGUGCAGGAUCUCCUCACCGUCUCCUCCUCCCUGGCGGGCCUGCCAAGCGUCUCAAUGCCGCUGGGUCGAGGAGCGCAAGAUGGUUGGCCGAUAGGCAUGAUGGCCACGAGCCAGUGGGGCAUGGAGAAGGUCCUGGGACAGCUGGCGGAGGGUUUGCAGACGUAUCGUAUCGAGUAG